AGUUUGCAACAGAACCACCUGACGGAGACCGUUUCUCAUAUUGUACUAACACUCUUUUUUCCUCAUUAUUACUAUUCCUCCAUUCAACGCGCGACGUGCCGUUUAGGGUCUUCAUCUGCUCUCUGGAAACGAAGGCGUUGAUUCGGUUCACUUCCUUCUCGUAUCGUUCCCUCUCUCGUUGUAUCUAAAGUCACAUAUAAUUUUUUAUUCAUACAUAAAGAAAAACCCUAAGAUUGGUCCUGCUAUUUCAGCCCAAAGAGUCUCUGUGAUUACUCGUUCUACUAAUUGACGAACCAGGAAAGGAGCUGGUAUGCAUCUUUUCUUACAUAUCAGAGACAGAUCCUGGCUCUAGGGGUUUUGCAUAGGGUUUUCAGUUAUAUCUUUCUUCUUCUUGCCUUUCAUUCUGCCCAUGAACCCUAUGCAAAAGAGAAGCACCAUCAAGGCCCCAUCAAAGCUAGCCCGAAGGGAAAAAAGCAAAAGGAAGAGGAACCUAGGAGUAAAAGAUGUUCAAGUAGCAGAAACCCCAUCAGAGUUCUCAUUUGCUAUAGCCAAAACUGCAGUUUCUCAGAUCUGCCAGUCAGUUGGCUACAAAAGAUCCAAAUGUGACGCUCUUGAAGCCUUAACUAAUGUUGCCACAAAAUAUCUUGAAGCCAUUGGAAGAUCAGCUGCCUCUUUUGCUACUGCAUCCAAUCGCACCGACUCCAACCUCUUUGACCUCAUCAACGGCAUUCAUGAUCUGUGUUCUGUUCGAGGAUUUCCCGGUGGUUCAAAAACGCACACAAGUAACCUGCUGAGUUCUGGAGCUCUAAAAGAUAUUGUGAAUUUUGUCAGCCUCUCUAAAGAAGUACCAUUUUCUAAACUGAUUCCACCGAAAGAUGCUUGUGCAAGUCAAAAUCCAGAAAUAACCAUUGAUUCUGACACAUCAAUAUAUGGCGUUAAGAAUGCAAAAAUACAAGGUUUGCAUAUACCAAGAUGGCUCCCAGAUUUUCCUAGGGAAAGCUUAUAUAAAAAAUGUGACCAAGUUUUGGUUAAGGAGAGGAAAUGUGGUGAAAAAUUGUGGGAACAUUCGCUUGCCACGGAAGAUUGCAGUGGCAAUGUGGAGGAAAACAGCGGCAUGUUAAAGAGCGAUGGCAUUCUUGAAAAAGAAGUGAAAGACACGAGGAUGGCAUUGGCAAAGGGAAGAGAAAGGGUGAAGUUCAAAAUUGGAAGAGAGCAAGAGAAGCAGAUUCGGUUGGGUAUGAAUAUGAUGAAUGGUGUUUGUAAAGGAAGGAAGCGAGUGUGUUGGAGUCAUUACAAAUUAAAUGACUGUAUGAUUGAUGAAAAUGAAGAUGAAAGGAGUGCCCUAAAGAGAGAGAGAUAGCAUGAUUGUAAUGGAAGUGACGUUGUAAUUGUUCUGGAGACUGUUUUUCAUGGAUUACUCAGUAUAUGAAAAGGGGAGAUUGAUGCGAAAAAAUUGAGAAUUUGGUCUCUCAUUGUUAGCAUUUUUUCUGCAGGAUGGAGCCUAUGGUUGAAAGUCCAACCUGUGCCACCUAAUCUUUGUACUUCGGGUUCAUCUAUAAGUCUUGGCUUGGUUCCCCUAUUUUUGAGAGUUCUGUUAUCAGAGCAUAGGUGCGGUUCUGACUGAGAUUAUUAUAGCUUAAUGUUGGCACGUAUAAUCGGUUAUAUCUUUCAAAGAAAAUGACUUGCUUGAAAGUUCUUUUGGAAAACAGUAACGAAGCAAUGAGUGGUUUGUCUUGGAUAUAAAAAAUAUAGGAAAUGCAGAUAUGUGUGCAGUUUGGGCAAAUUUAAUUAAGGGCUUCAACAAGCAUGUUAUUUUUUAUUUCUGAAAAAAAAUAAACACUUGUUAUAGUUAGUGUUCAUGGUUAUUAUAAAAAAGUAAACGUUUAUGGACAA